GCACGCCCAGCACACGGCCCCGGAGCCCCAUCGCUGCCGUUGUGGCGGCGAUUUCGAUGCCCUCGGUGACCAUUGCGCAGCGUGCCCAACUGCCGGUGUCCUCGAAACGUGCGGGGCAGCACUGGAGGUCCUUGAAUGUUGGCAUGCCCUUGACUGACGGCCGCCACAUCGACGUUUUGGCAAAUGGCUUGCCCCUUUGGCAGGGCGACCAGACGGUCACGCGGGCAAGCGACGCACAGUUUAGCCGACAGGCCGUUGCCUUCCUGCGGCAGUUGGCCUAUGCUCGUGCACGCGAGCUGGCUGUGGCGGCACAGCGCGCGCUUGCCUACUCGAGCAACCUCCAGUACCCAGUGGUUCUUCUUCUUCUAGCUCGAAUGCUUCCAGCACAGAUAACGACCCAAGUGGCGUUGAACAUGAUGUGCCCACCUGCGAGCAUGAACCCGCUUCCGACACCCGGUUGUAUGCUUCGCAGAGCACUCCAUGUGGCAUUGGACUUGAUUCGGACGACAUCGGGCGGAGCUGGCGACAUGCAGUUGGUUAGAGCCUGGAAGCUAGACCGCUUCAGCGGAGAGGUGGAGCUCGAGUUGAGAAACGGUUCUGUUGGCACGGCGCUCACCGCUGCACCGCUCGCCCCUGCUACGGACGCAACUUUCGACCAGCUUGCCGACCCGACCCGUCGACCACGUGAGCCGCAUGAAACCAUCGAGCCGGAGCUGCUCAAUUGGAAUCCCUCUUCCCUCGUCCAGCUCGAUCGAGCCGCACUGCUUACUAACUUGCGCCGGGCGCGUUAUAAGGGGGUUGCUCCCGGGCUCUCGGGAUUCACUGCUGAAGUCGUGCGCGUCGUGUUGGACGCCGACGACUCCACACAAGCGUUUGUCGAUGUCGCCUCGCUCCUUGUGCAGGCGCAUGUCCCCGAAGACAUUCGAGCUGCCCUGGGACUUGGGCGAAUGGUUGCGAUCCGCAAGCCCACUGGCGGUACCCGUGGAUUA